UACUUCUGGGAACAGGCAGUUCCCUAUUUGCAAGUAACUACGCACCAAAGAUAGAAUCAGCAAGAACGUGGUUUUUCUUCUGUUCAGACAUAAACAGUCUCCAGAGCAGGCAGGAUGUCCAUUGCCAUGACCAACGCUGAUGGGGUCACUGUGAUCACUUUGACCUCAGACACCAAAAGUACUUGGCCUCCACUGUGUCAAAUCCUCAAGGCCCUUUGCUACAACCCGUUGUGCUGCAGUGUGUCUCAGCAGAUUAGGGGGGUCCAGAGAGCAUCUCAGACAGUACUGGGGGCUCUGCAGAUUAUGGUUGGGGCGCUCACUAUUGGGCUUGCAGUGAUUAACAACCACCGUGGGCCUGACCCUUUUUGGUUGGGAGCAAUGUUUCUGCUGGUGGGUGCCGUGUGCAUUUUGUCCGAUAAGUACCCCAGUCCAUGUCUGGUCAUCAUCAAUGUGAUUCUGAAUCUAGCGGGAGUUGGCUUUGCCAUCGCAGACAUCGUUGUCUACAGCAGUAAUAUGUACGUGUAUAUGUGGCAAUGUACACGUGACAGGGAUUACGGGUACUACUACCACCGAACAACACCGAGUCCAUCUCCUCAAGAGGAGAUCCUGGUGGAGAGAUGCUUGGAGUUCCAAGAUCUGAGAUGGAUGCUUUUACAAAGCAUCAGUAUUGUACUGAUUGUCCUGUCGGUGCUGGAGCUCUGCCUCACCAUCAGCUCUGUCAUCCUGGGGAUCAAGGCUCUGAGGAGCAUAAAGAAGGGAGAAAGCAAGAGCACUGCUGACCCAGAGUGCUACAAACCACUGCUGGAGGAAGUCACCAACCAGUAACCCUGCAGGUUAAAUGAAUGUCUUGUUUGUGGUUUAGGCACUAGGAAGCGUAAUCCUCUGCUUUUACACUGCAAACAGUCAGUGGAAUAAAUGCAAACAAACUUGGCUGGUGAAGUCUUACAAGGGUUUAUUAAAAACAUUCACAUUUAGACUUUUGGCACUUUGGGUUGAAACCUGCAUUUUAAUUCAUUUUAUGUUGAUUAAGAUUUUCUUCUCAGUAAUGUACCUUACAGUUAGUAUGUUUGUAGGUGAAGAGGAGGUUGAUGGAUGUGUGUGUGGCAUUGUUGGAGGGUUUUUUUCACUUUUUUCAAUAUUAAGCCAUUUAAAAAAAAAUAAAGAUAUCAAAAUUAUUGACUGUUACAUGUUUCAUUGUUGUUUGUAUUUGUGCUGUGAAACCUUAAAGCGUGACAGAGAAAUUGAAUCAGUUUAAGUUUCAUUUAGGAGGUAGAGCGGGUUGUCUCCGGUCUGGAGGGUUGGCGGUUUGAUUCUCAGCUUCUGCGGUCCACAUGUUGAAGUGUCCUUGAGCAGGACACUCAACCCCCAAGUUUCUCUUGGUGAUACAGUGGGUACGGGAAGUAUUCAGACCCCCUUAAAUUUUUCACUC